GAUACCAUAUUUUCUACUUGAUUGUUCCAUUUGAAUCGCGAGAAUCGAUUGAAGAGAACGCCGAAUUUGGUUUGAUAUUUUCAUCUCGGGUAACUGAGUUACAUUGGAAAAUCUGAAGAUUCUCGAAAAGCACGGAAACACGAGAAGUUUGGAAAAGAUGGCUGAUAAUAAGAUCGAAGAAGGUGAUAAAGUUUCCUGGAGUUGGGGCGGCGCAAAUCCAGAUGGAACCGCUGCAGAAGUAAAGGCUGGUGAAGUCUCAGUUACAAGUCAUCGCGGAAAUGAAAUCAAGAAGACGGGAGACGAGGAGAAUCCAGCAGUGCAUAUUGAGAGAAGUGGGAAUGAUGUGGUGAAGUUGGCUAGUGAGUUGAAGGUGGAAGAUAAGGGUGAAGAGAGUAAGGAAGGAGAGGAGAGUAAGGAGGGAGAGGAGAAUAAGGAGGGAGAGAAACCCAAGGAGGAAGAGGAAACUAAGGAGGAAGACAACGCCAAUGAAUCAAAGGAGACCAAGGAGGACACCAAGGAAGACACCAAUGGCGAAGUUGAGGAUGGAGAGAAGAUGGAUGAAACCAAUGGUGAAGCCAAGGAUGAAGAUAAAAAGGAUGAGACCAAUGGCGAUUCAAAGGAUGAAGUCAAUGGUGAUUCAAAGGACGAGACCAACGGCGAAGCAAAGGUCGCAGAGGAGAAGGCCGAGACCAAUGGUGAAUCCAAGGAUGAAGAGAUGACGAAUGAAACCAAUGUUCCAGACGAAAAGGUUGAAUCCGAGGAAGAAAAUAAGAAAGAAGAGGAUGUUGAGAUGAAGGAUGGUGAAGACAAGGUCGAAGAAAAGACCACCGAGGAGAAGCCUGAAGAAAAGUCUGAAGAAAAGUCUGUCAAGGCGGACGAGAAGAAAGAUUCAAAUGACAAAGAAGAUACACCCGAAGCCAAACCAAAAGCCGGCAACAAGCGCAAAGCGGAUGAAUUGGAUGACGAAGCAGAGAGCCCAGAAGAGAACAGUACCAAGAAACAAAAGACCAACGCUACUUCCAAUGGCAAUGCUGAUGGUACUGACUCAAAGAAGAAGCCCGGUAGACCAAAGGGUGCAUCCAAUGGUACACCUGCUAAGAGAGAAAAGAAGAUUCCAGCUGUUGGUCAAGCUCAACGAAAAACAAGAAGUCAAGCCCGCAAAGAAUCUGUUUAGGUCGUUCAAAGAAUUACAUUCUCUCUGUCUAGGGGGAUGAUGGAAUUCUCAAUUAUUGAAGACAUUUCAAACCAUGAGAAUCUAUUGUGGAGCGAAUGACGAACAUUAUUUCUUUCAAUUGGAAAUUUCUGAUAUAACAUUUGGAUGCGUUUUCGGAUAAUCAUCCACCAGAUCGAAUCCUUUAGGUUAUACGGAGACUUUAUGGCGGUGGGUUUUAGUUGUUGUUUUUACAUUUUUGCGCUUUGUAUAUUAUCAUGGGAAGGGAAAGCUACAGAGAUUUAUUCAUUCUCUGGACUGAAAUUAUUUGAUAUGGAUUGAGCGGGGGAUGAGAGACGGGAGAUGGGAAAUGACGAAUUGAUGGAAAGGAAAUGCGAUGCAAUGCAAAAGUGGAGCCAGCUAUCAAUAGGAAACCCAACGAAUAUGCAGAGUGAAAUGAUUAGCA